UCUCACCAUCCUCAUUGAGAUCCAACCACAUUCAUAUUUACACCUUAUGUUAAUCAGCUCACAAUAACAUCAGUAUGGAAUAAAAGCACAUACGACUCUGACUCACUGUUCAUACAGCACAGAGGCAGGUAGAUGUCAUUCUGAUGAGCAGCUGAGAUGUCGAAUGACAGCCAGGGAUCGGUGAAGGGGGAGGCAGCCAUGAUACUGUCUCCCUCUGGCUCCGCCUCCUCUCAGGGACCACCCCUCUCUCCAUCCACCACCUCCAAACCACCUGAACUCCCAGAUGAACUGGUCCAGGCUGGAUGGGCUAAGUGCUGGUCUCGGAGGGAGAACCGGCCCUAUUAUUUCAACAGAUUCACCAAUCAGAGCCUGUGGGAGGUCCCAGUGCUUGGUCAGCAUGACGUCAUUUCUGAUCCUUUAGGUCUGAAUGCGGCUCCGGCUGAGGGCGGAGACAGUAACCUUGGUAACGGUCAGAGGAAAAGGAGGAGCUCUGAGGAGCAGGUGGCAGGGCCUAACAGCGUCAAACGAGCUAAGGUGGAGCCCACCACACCCAUCUCUCCCAGCACACCUGGGGUCAAACCCUGGAGCGCCGCCCCCGAAGACAAACAGGCCCCACCGCCCACACCUACAACUCCAAGCCCUGCCCCUGCCCCGUACAGACCAGCUGUUAUCUACUGGGAUCUGGACAUUCAGACGAACGCUGUGAUCAGAGAGCACCGCCCAGCCAGCCACUUGCCCCCCCACCCUGAGAUUGAGAUGCAGAGAGCUCAGCUGGUCACGAAACUGAGACAACACUACCACGAGCUGUGUCACCAGAGAGAAGGUAUUGAUCCGCCCCGGGAGUCAUUCAACCGUUGGCUACUGGAGAGGAAAGUGAUCGACAAAGGUCAUGACCCUUUACUGCCGAGUGACUGUGACCCCAUCAUCUCCCCGUCCAUGUUCAGAGAGGUCAUGAAUGACAUCCCCAUCAGGUGCCUGUUGUCUCGUAUCAAGUACAAAGAGGAGGCCCGGAAGCUGCUGUUUAAAUACGCUGAAGCCGCCAAGAAGAUGAUUGACUCCAGGAAUGCGAGUCCGGAGAGCAGAAAGGUGGUGAAGUGGAACGCAGAAGACACCAUGAGCUGGCUGCGCCGAGAUCACUCCGCCAGCAAGGAGGACUACAUGGACCGACUGGAGCAUCUGAGGCAACAGUGCGGUCCUCAUGUCGCCGCCGUCGCCAAAGACUCUGUGGAGGGAAUAUGCUCCAAGAUCUACCAGCUGUCUGCAGACUACAGCCGCCGCUUGAGACAGACACACCUGAGCCUGCUGCAGGACCCGCCCACAGAAGCAUGUGCGUCCCCUCAGCAGUCCCGGCUGGUCUACUGUUACCCAGUUCGUCUGGUGAUCCCUUCGCCCCCCCUCCCUCGAGUGGAGUUGCACUUUGAGAAUGACGUGGCCUGUCUGCGCUUCAGAGGAGAGAUGGUCAAAGUCAACAGAGGUCACUUCAGCAAACUGGAGUUGUUGUACAGGUACAGCUGCAUAGAUGAUCCCCGCUUCGAGAAGUUCUUGUCCAGAGUCUGGUGCCUCCUGAAGAGAUACCAGGAGAUGUUCGGCAGCGGUGCUAAUGAGGGGACAGGCCUGCAGGGGGCGCUGCCAGUGACGGUGUUUGAAGCAUUGAAUCGACAGUUUGGAGUUUCCUUCGAGUGUUUCGCCUCGCCGCUCAACUGCUACUUCAAACAGUUCUGCUCAGCGUUCCCCGACAUUGACGGCUUCUUCGGAUCCAGAGGGCCGUUCCUGUCGUUCUCUCCAGUCAGCGGCUCAUUUGAAGCUAACCCUCCAUUCUGCGAAGAGCUGAUGGACACCAUGGUGACGCACUUUGAGGAGCUGUUGAAUCAGUCCUCCGAGCCUCUGUCCUUCAUAGUCUUCGUCCCUGAAUGGCGCGACCCUGUGACCCCGGCCCUAACCCGCAUGGAGGCAAGUCGAUUCCUCCGUCACCAGCUGAGUGUCACGGCCUACGAACAUGAGUAUCGGUCCGGGAGUCAGCACAUCUGCAAGAGAGAUGAGAUGUACUACCGGGCGGUACACGGUACUGCAGUACUCUUUCUUCAGAACGAUGCAGGUUUCGCAAAGUGGGCUCCGACUCCAGAGCGUCUGGCCGAGCUGACAGCAGCAUACCGCCCCGCCUCCUCCCGCACCUCCUCGCUGUCCUCUCCUGGCCCCGCCCACAUUGCUCCUGCAGACAGAGACUCCGCCCCUAAGGCCUCUGAUAGGAUGCAGAGCGAUGUAAUGUCACCAGGAGGCCAUGACAACAACAACAACAACAGUAACAACAACAACAGCAGCAGCAGCAGCAGCAGCAGCAGUAGUAGCAGCAGUCCUCGAGACAAAAUGGCUGCUGUUUAGAGGGUCUGGGGUUAUAUCGGGCCACGCCCACUCACCUGCUGGAAGGUUGUUUAAGGUUUCUGUGUUUCACAGAGUUAAUUUUUUUCUGAUCGUCGUCUCGUCUGUUCAGAUUGUCCCUCACCAGCACCUGUAGCACACCCUCAGUUUCUCUCAACAUACCCACAAUGCCGUUCUGUUGCCCCUGCCAGCAAGGGGCAGUGCCAGAGCGUCACGCUAAAACCUGAUUUAACCCUUUCUGUUGUUCAGUUGGCUUUCACUCAUCCCUUCAGUCUGGUUCAUCCCUGCUCACAUCAGCUGUUCUGAUUAUUCAAAGCUCUGAUAACAUGGCGUCUGGAGCAUUUCUUUCUCCUGCAGCUGAUUCACUUCACGGUGUUGUUGCUACUGUUGCUUAGCAACAAACAUCAGCUACUAAGAAUACAGAGUUAAUCGGUGAGCAGCAACGUGUUGGAGCUCCAGCAAUAAAAACCUUUCCAUUCACCUGUGAUGUCACUGCUCCUCUGGGUCACUGGAGGACUUCUGAUUGGUCCCCACACCGACUGGGCUUGGUGAUUGGUUGACAAGGCAGCUAUCGUUUCUAUUGGACUCGUCUUUCUUUGUUGAGUCGGACAGAAUUCAGCGGCAUCCUGCUUCAGGCCCCGCCUCCUCGGGAUAGCCUGGCUAAUCAGAGCUCGUCCGUCAGAUGAUGUACCUGCUUCAACCGGAAUGCAUUAUAGAAAACUGAAAAUUCAGCAGGCAUGAGGAGGCGGAGCCCCCGCGGUGAGGUCAAAUUUACUGGUGGAAGGAGGCGGAGUCAGAACUGGGACUCAGAUUCAGACUGGUCAGCGAGGACAGACGACUGAAAGACAGACUUCAUCUUCCUGUCUCCUCGGAGGUCUUUUUACUUGUGCUUUCAUUAGAGUGGAAGUUUGAUCAGAGACGUGAGGCGUUAAACCAGGUGUGGUUGGUAGCAGCUGGAGCUGUUGGAGAUGAUUCUCCAUCUCAAAGCUGCGUGAAUAGGGAUGUGAAGUGUGAGGAGUUAUUUCAGGGUUCCUGCAGUAAAAGUCUGGUUCUUGUUCUAUGUGCACAGACAGAAUUUAAUCACCCCAUACAACAUGUUGUUCGUGAACGUAUGAACUCUUUCUCAAAAUACUGUGACUUUUUUUCUCAAAACAUUACGACUUUUUUAUGAUAAUAGUUCAUCUCAUAGUGCAAGAGACUAGUGAGUUUCUGUGUUAAUGAACAUUUAGUGAAUAUUUUAAAAGAGAUCUUUGACAAACCCACGCUCCUCACACUUCAUAAUCCGACACUGCAGCUAGCAGCUGAUGCUGUUCUGUGAUUGUUUGAUGAGUCGUCUUAUCAGGCGUCUGUUGCCGUGUGACAUCAGUUCCUGCCGCGGCAGCAGCAGCUGUGUAGAUACUGUACAGUUCAACUGAUGUGAAGUCUGUUGAUGUUAUUUUCCUCAUCUGCUGUUAAAUUGAUUGAAAAACAAAUUAAAAUGUUUAACCAUUCUUUUUUAUUUGAUUUAAUUUAACAAUUUUUUAAAGAGAUGGAGAUCUGUUUCCUGUAUUACAAAGCUUACAAUAGUUUGUUUUAAACUAAACCAAAGUGUUAUUAAGAAAUUCUAUAACUUGUAUGUAAAAGUAGAUGUGUGUAUGCAUCAGUAAUGCUGACGUCUAACCAGCAGAAUACUCCUCCACCUUAUUUUUAUAAUUCUCAGCUGUUCUCUUUUCUCUAAGUUGAUCUGUUUGUUUGUUUUUUUUUGUUUGUUUGUUUUUUUUUUCCAAUGGGAUUUUGUUUUUGUUCUUGUGCAUGAACCUUUCAGACUUUAAAUGAUGUUUGUAAUCCUGAAUGUUUUCCAGGCCGAGUCUCCAGGCCGAUUGGCAUCACUGCACGGCGCCAGGCUUCACAGAAAACAGCCACACAACAUGUUUUAUCUGUCCUCAACGUUUUAAUUUUAACUGUUGUGUUCAGCUUAUUUAAGGGAGUAUACCGACAUUUAGUGUGCAACAGUUUUGUAUUUGUUUGAAGGUGGGUUUAUUUUGAUUUUGAUGAGCUAAGUUUCAUAGUUUCAGCCCGCUUCUGGUCUUUGUGCUUUGCGCAUGAUGGACUGUUCCAAUAUUUCACACCUUGGUAUUCCUACAAAACAACAUCACACUGACUAAAGAAAACAAACUGGAGAAAAUUUCUUGUAACUUAUUAUACAGAUAAGAUUUGGACCUAAUAAUUAAAAGUUCCUAAAUAAUUUUGACAAAACGUCAUGAAUGCACUCGUAAUGAGAACUUCCUGUAUAACUUCAAGAAAAUGCUUUUCUUGUAAUUAUGAGGAAACAGUAGAGAUUGAGAUCUUUACUUCAUAAUUUCAUGAAAGCUAUAUUUUCUCAUUCGCAUAAGAUUUGUGUUUAAUAAGUACAAGAUAAAAUUCUUGUAGCUAUGUAGUAAUGUAUAUUUGAAUCACAGGACAACUGUUGGAAUUGCACACUUAUCUGCAAUUUUGAUAUUUUUUUUCUUUAUAUUCAUAUCUAAUAAUUGCAAGAUAGCUAUAUUUAAUUCUGAGAAAAGAUGUCAUGAAUUUUCCUGUAAUCAUGACUUCUUUAUCUCGGUUAAAAGAAAACAAUUUGUCUCAGUUUCAUAAAAACUAUAUCUGUUUUAUUAGAUUUCAUAAUUUGAAAAAAUGCUAUAAUUAAGAGAUUUUUUUUUUCUGAAAUUAAAGAUCCCUAGCUCAGAAAUCUGUCAUGAAAAAAAUUUCUAUAAAAGAAAGUAGUCAUAAUUACAAGAAAGGAUCUUGUAAUUAUGACAUGUAAUUACAAUGUCACGCUUAUUAGUGUUCUUGAAAUGGAAAUAUAAUUCCAACAGUUUGUUCAACAGAAGUCGCUGUUACAGUUUGUCUCCUGUUUGUUUGUCUUUAUUAAAUGUGUAAACAUGUUUCUUUAUCUUUCUGAUUCAAACAAGCAGAACUUUUCAGUGUCAGACUCUUCGCAAUUAAGAAAGCCGACAAUGAAAAUGUCUGUUUUUAUUUGUAGCUUAGGUACAAACCAGAACGCUUUCUCCUUUUCAUCUGAGUCUGGUGGUAAAUGUGGAGUGAGUCUGAUCGACGAAGACUCGGCUGUUUGUGGUCCUCACAGCUGGAGAAUGUAAAUACAGUCUGUCCUUCGUUCUGCCUGCAGACAAACUGCAGCUUCACUCUCCCAGUAAAAAUAUAUCCAACCCAGUA